AUGGAUGAGGUUAACACGAAGUUUGACCAAAUUAUUCGGACAAAAUGGGAACAAGAUGGAGAAAGGGUGCCUCUGACCUCAUCUCCUUUGGCACGCGCUUUUGCGUGUGAUGUUCAAGAUAUUGAAUCCAUUAAGAUUGCUUUCCGUGAUAUUCAAGCUACAUGGCCCGACAAGCUCAUUGGUACCUGUCUUUACAAUGCAAGUAUUCGCAAACGAGGUCCCUUUUUGGAUAUCCCUGUUUCGAAGCUUAAGGACAGCGUCGAAGCUAAUAUUAUCGCACCCUAUGUUUUUGCGCAAGAAUCUUUACGCGCAAUGAACAAGCACCGCCAAGGUGGUACCAUUAUAUUCACGGGAGCAACAAGCAGCGUCCGAGGUGCUGCCGGAUUUGCCCCUUUCGCUGCCUCAAAGGGAGGUCUACGAAACAUGUGCCAAUCAUUGGCUCGUGAGUAUGGAGAGCAGAAUGUACACAUUGCUCAUGUCAUUGUCGAUGGUCUCAUUGAAUCCAAAACAGCGUUGAGCUACUUUGGUUUGCCUACCACCGAACGAUUUCAGGAUGGCUUAGCAUUGGUGCCAGAUGAAAUGGCCAAGUCGUGGCUCUUCCUCGCACAGCAGCAUCCUAGCACUUGGACAUUCGAAAUGGACCUUCGCCCUGCAAAGGAGCACUUCUGA